UCUUUCGAUGAUAAGAUAAGUGAACGCGUCUUGUUCUACGAUGGAACGAGCUCAUCGCAAAUUUCAGCAGUGUCGCGUAGGCUCGCUGAUAAGACGAAUUGUGUUUCGAUCGUUUCCGAAGACGUAAUAUUUUUUUUUUCUUUCCCGAAAUAUGUCGAGACUCGUAGAUGGAAAACUGGCACUUGUUACCGGUGCUGGAAGCGGAAUUGGAAGAGAGGUAUGUCGAGUUUUGGCUCGCGAAGGCGCAAUCGUUGUCGCGACCGGUCGGAAUAUCACAAAUGUUCAGGAAACUGUUGGCACUUUAGAAGGUGUUGAACAUAUUGGAUUACAUAUUAAUGUUGAGGAUCGAAACAGUGUCGAAACUACAUUUAAAGAUGUUGUAAAGCAUUUUUCAAAGCCACCUACCAUUAUUGUUAAUUCAGCAGGCAUCUAUCGGAAAAACUUUUUGAUGGAAGUUGAUGACAAUACCUUUGAUGAUAUCAUCAAUAUCAAUUUAAAAGGUACCUUUCUAGUCAUGCAAACUGCUGUUAAAGCGAUGAUAGAGGGAAACGCAACCAAAAAUUCUUCAAUUAUCAAUAUAAGUUCGAUUGCUGCUAUAAAUGGAUAUGCUGAAGUAAGUAUCCACAGUGCAUCAAAAGCUGGAGUGAUAGCUAUGACAAAGAGCGCUUCCUUGGAGUUUGGACAGUUUGGAAUUCGGGUAAACACAGUAUUGCCUGGUUUUAUAGACACUCCUAUGGCUGCAACUGUAUCUGCCAAAACUAAGGAAAUGUUUAUAAAAAACAUACCGUUACAAAGAAUAGGAAAGCCAGAAGAAGUAGCAGAGGUUAUCGUAUUUUUAGCUUCUGAUAGAAGUUCUUACAUAAAUGGAGCCUCUAUUGAAAUUAGUGGAGGACUGAAUUAAGUUUUAUUAUACAUCAGGUGUACUAUAUAAAUAAGUUUUUAACU